AUGAGUUCGGAGUGCUUGGGGAACAUUUUGCGUAUAACACUGAGUGCAGAAUACUUUGAGGACAAAUACUUAUCUUUUUCUGUUGUUGAUCAAUCUGGGAUAGCCUGGGAGCUACAUGAGGCCAUGGCAUCACAGUGUGGCUAUACAGUAACUUACAGCAAUUGGAGUACCAUCGAGGUUCGUGCUUCUGCACUAAGCUGCCAUUCUCGCCUAGAGAAAGAUGUGUUCACAGUAACUAUACAAAUCAAAGCAUCUCAUGCUCCUGAUAUGAAGAAUGCUACAACUCAUCUGAAAAGUGCAAGUUGCUAUUAUGGUCCAUGGAGUCCAAGAGAAUUAGUAUGUGAAAGUAACUACAUGGAGGUUUCUGUCAGGAGGGAGGUUCCCCAGAUGGUAAAAGACUUCAUUCAAGAUGAACCUGAGGACUGGACUCUUGCCUUUCCAGAAAUAAAACUACAGGCAAAAACAGGAGAAGCCUCUAUAUGGCAAAUAGUGUUUCAUCAGCCGGAAGAAAAAAAGGCUUUGCUUGUGAGCGAUGCUUGGAGUGCAGGCUAUGGACUCAACAUUACAGACACCAGGGUUCUGCUGCGAAUACCAUAUGCUGCUGCGCAAAUUCAGCUGGUCGAGGAUCAGGGAAUUACCUUUUCUGCAGUGAGAUCGAGUACGUUUUAUAAACAGAGAUGGAUGAUCCUGAUGGUGGAUACUGCUGUGGCGUGCCCUGUAGAUGGUGUGGACUACACUAACAAAACAAUCAUCUGGACUGUUCCAAAAUAUAUUCAAAUGCUUUCUGCUGGAGCAACUAGCUUUAACGACGUGCUGCUUGAAGCUGGUGUGGACCUACACAAACUCUCCGCCAAAGAAAUGGCUUCUAGGAAAUACGUGUUAUUGAAUGACUUAAAUGCAAUUACAAUGAAGAUACCAAUAGGUGCAAAAGGUGGCUAUUACAAGACUUCUGUGAGCAGCGGACAGCAUGGGGCAAAAUACACUAUCAACCCAUUUUUGGAACACCAGUGGGAAGACAACAAAUGGGGACUAACCAAACACACUAUCAUCAAGGAAAUAGAAACACCAUUCGAACAAGUAGAACUUGUUAUAACCAACAACUUAAAUCUGAGUGCGAGGCUAAUGAACGUGACAGUGGGAACAUUCCUCCCAGAUGUGGAGCUUGUGAACUUAACCAUUGAAGGAACAACUGUUGCUGUAGCUGAAGCUGUUCAGCGUGGAUGUCUAAUAUAUGAGAUCAGAUAUGUUAAUGGAAGCAAAGCCUAUGUAAUACAGGUCCCACUUGAUGCACCAAGUAUUAAGAAAGAGUACACGAGAGCGGACACGAGAGCGUACACCCUGAAUGUCACACUUGCAUUUGUAACCCAUCCAACAAGUGAGACCUUCACUGUGCCAGUUGUAACAGUGUCAGCUGUUAAAGAUGCAGUACUGCCCAGUGCAAGAGGAUUUUGUGAUGGGAAGAACCUUCAUCUCAUCAUUGCUCAUGGGAAUGUGGACCAAAACUGGCUGCCCUUCAUCUCAGACUGGCACCUGACUCCAGAGGUUGCGGAGAAGUACAGCUACAACCUGAGGGACAAUGGCACUCACUUGGCAAUCUCUGUCCCUUUGUUCUCUUCCCAUGUGAACUAUGAGGAUUUUAAUACCUCUGGAAUAAAGGCUUCACUCCACUUAACCUUGAAGGAUGGCAUCACCUUGGCUAAUAGGAGGGACUUCUCAGUUUCCUGCAUAUUUUCACCUUCAGAGCUAAUACAGUGCCUGCCCAAUGGUACUGUAGUUAUUACCGCAGUAAAAUUGGUAGGAGUUGCAGACCUGGACACCAGCCUGUUUGUCUUGAGGGACAGACGGUGCAAACCCAGUCUAGUAACAGAGAAGACUGCAACCUUUAAGUUCAGUGUGAACACUUGUGGAACAAGUAGAAAGUUCAAUAGCACAACUAUGACAUAUCAAAAUGAGGUACUCUAUUUCAGACCUGGCAGUGGUACACCAGUAUACCAGCUGAAAUUUGUAUGCUGGUAUGCAAUCAAGCAGACUGUUGAUGUCCAAUAUGAAUCGAAGAAGAACCCACCACCCAGUAUUAAGCCAGGGUUUGGCUCUCUUGCUCUUUCAUUGAAGCUUUUCAAAGAGAAAUCCUAUUCAGAGGCCUACCAGGAAUUCGAACAUCCUGUUGUAACAUACCUGAGGGAGGCACUGUAUUUUGAAGUUGAACUGCUCCAGCCUAAAGAUGCAAGACUGGAACUAAACCUGGAUGACUGUUGGGCUACAAAGUCUCAAAGCCAGGACAGCCUUCCACAGUGGCCAGUCCUUAUAAAUGGGUGUGAAAACAGCAAAGACUCCCACAGAACUGUCUUCCAUGAAGUUAAUCAUAGCCUCAGAGUAAAAUUUCCUCAGCACCUAAAGAGAUUUGAAGUGAAGAUGUUCGCCUUUGUACAAGGCACAACUCUGUUACAAGAGCAGCUGUAUUUCCACUGCAGUGUGGUGAUCUGCAGCACUAUGCAACAGCCUUCAGGCUUUCUUUGUGCAAGGAGGUGCAAUCCUGGGAAACACAGACUUGGUGAAUACACUGACUUUUGA